GAACGAGUCACGUCCGAGAUAAACAAGUGUCUUGCAUCGAAAACUUAAAUACUUGUUGAUUAAUGAUAAGAAUUGCCUGGUGAUGAUUCUAUAAGCCAAACCAUGUCUCUCUUUUCUGAUACCGAGCAGGCAGCCGACUGCCUGGACCGCCUGCAGACCCAGCUGUGGGAGCAGGGAGACCACAGCCAGGACGAUGUGAUAUCGUCAGCCAUCUGCAUGAUGGAGAGCCCGCUGUUCCGGCAGCUGCUCACCCUGCAGGAGUCGCUGCUUGAGCUGAAGCAGGUCUCCGAGAUGCAGCACCUCACCGAGGACUCCUUCAACUUCGCGGCCUCGGGAGAACUCAUCCUGGCCACGCCCGCCGGCUCCAUGACCUACAUGGAGGGCAGUGAGAGCUCCACCCUGAACCUCCGCUCGGCGUACCCCGGCAGCGCCAUCUCCACGCAUAGCUAUGCCAUCGAGUUCCAGCGCGCCAUCGAGAAGGCGGCACAAGGGAGGGAAGUGGAGACUAUAAAGCUGUUUAAGCCAGAGAACUGCUCUCUCGGUUUCAGUGUCGUCGGAUUGAAGAAGGAGGAUUGCGGGGAGCUGGGAAUUUAUGUGCAGGAUAUCCAGCCUGGUGGGAUCGCAGCAAAAGAUGGCCGACUGAGAGAAGGUGACCAGAUUCUGGCCAUCGAUGGCCAACCCUUAGACAUCUCCCACCAGGAAGCCAUUCGCAUCCUUCAGAGUUCGCAGGGUCUUGUGGAAAUCGUCGUCGCUCGUGGCCCACUUCCGUUUGACGAGGAGGCCGGCACUGAGGUUGAGGCUGGCACCGAGGUUGAGCCCACAGACGAGGAGUUUGUGCAAAGAAGCGAGCCUCGUGCUGAAGAACUAGUCCCGCCUGGGGGAAUCGAGAAGCUGUCAGACAUGGUGUUGAGUACCGAGUGGACCCAAGUUGAAGUUAUUGACCUGAUUAACGAUGGAACUGGACUUGGUUUUGGGAUCAUAGGAGGCCGGAGUACUGGGGUGGUGGUGAAGACCAUUCUGCCUGGAGGUGUAGCUGACCUGGAUGGACAUUUACGGAGUGGCGACCACAUCCUGCAGAUCGGUGACGUGAACGUCCGGGCAAUGGGCUCGGAACAGGUGGCCCUGGUGCUGCGCCAGUCUGGCAGCCAUGUGCGACUCAUCGUGGCCCGGUCCAUCGUAGAGCCGCCACCAUACCAUAUCCCCCAUGCCCCCAUCAUCCCCACCCACAUGCUGGAUGACCACCUGGUCCAUAUCAACGAGCUGAUGGUGAUGGAGUCGGCGGAUCACAUCGACGUCACCCACCUGACCGAGGAGCAGCUUGAACAGUUCCACCCCGGCAUCAGCAACAUCCUUGCCGGACAAGUACAGGUCCAUCCGCAACCCACUGACAUGACUAACGAGGUAGCAGAAGUUGAGAUGUUUGAAGUGGGGCUUCAGAAGGAUUCGCAGGGUCUGGGAAUAACAAUAGCAGGCUACGUGGGAGCAGACAAGGCACCAGAUGAAAUAUCUGGCAUAUUUGUCAAGGGAAUAGCCCCGGACAGUGCGGUAGCUGUUGAUGGAAGAGUUCACAUCAAUGACCAAAUAGUGGAGGUUGACGGGAUCUCGCUGCAGGGUUACAACAAUCAUCAGGCGGUGGAGGUUCUUCGUAAGACUGGACAGGUCGUCCAUCUCAAACUGGUGCGCUACAUCCACGGGCCAAAAUACGAAAAACUACAACAGUACCUGGCUCAGGCCAAUUCCACCAUUGUUGUUCAAUCGAGUGCUCCUGCUAUCACGGAUAACGAAAGCUCUGCAGUAUCUAAUCCUACGUACGAUUUGGCAUCUCGACAGGUGGAAGUGGAUGACAUCACGUUCUCGACGGACGAGGAUUACAGUGGGGAACUGCUGCCUGAUGUGGAGGCUGCCAUCAAGGCUUGCUGGGAACCUUUGAUUGGUCCAGAGUUCACAGUGGUGGUUGCUCAGCUGUCUAAGUUUAAGGAAGGGGGUGGUCUGGGGAUCAGCCUGGAGGGCACAGUGGACGUGGAGAAUGGGGUGGAGGUGCGACCUCACCACUACAUCCGCUCGAUCCUCCCAGACGGACCCGUCGGGCUCAAUGGACGUCUCGUCAGUAGCGAUGAGCUUCUCGAGGUAAAUGGCAAGCGUCUGCUGGGACUGAACCACGUGGAGGUGGUGAACAUUUUGAAGGAACUGCCGCAGCACGUCCGGCUCGUGUGUGCUCACAGAAAGGUCCAGCCUUCAGAAAUCUAUGCAGCUCAAGAUGCCCAGUUCCCCAGUUCAGUGUUAAACAUGGGGGUGCACCCCUCCGCUGACCGGCUCUUCAAGGCCAAGUCCGAGAUGGCCCUGUCCACCACGGAACACACGGUCAUCCAGAACGCGCUUAACAAGUCCAAGUCGCGCUCACUCGAACCCCUGGCGGGGAUGGCCAUGUGGAGUUCGGAACCGGUUGUCAUCGAGCUGCAGAAGGGAGAUCAGGGUCUGGGAUUCAGUAUUCUCGAUUAUCAGGACCCUGUGAACCCCAAUGAGACGGUGAUCGUCAUCCGAAGCCUGGUGCCGAAAGGAGUGGCCCAGCAAGAUGGCCGCCUCGUGCCAGGCGACCGGCUGAUAUUUGUGAACGACAUCAACGUGGAGCACGCCACGCUCAAUGAAGCGGUGCAGGCGUUGAAGGGAGCGCCGCGCGGCGUCGUCAGGAUCGGUGUUGCCAAGCCACUGCCACUCACUGACUCCUUCAAGGACGAAACACAGCCAUCGCUGUUUUCUGCACCACCUCUCUCUGAACUAUCAGCUUCCGCGUCACCUCAUGUCCAAGAAUCACAAUUCACAGACGAGCUUCCCGAAUCGUCCACAAUCACACUCACCACUCAAACAAAACUAAACCGAUCAGUUUCGUCUUCGUCGUCAGGAGAGACGGGACUUAAGCGCAAAGACAGUUUUUACGAAAGUGACGAAGACGAGGUGAAAACGCCUCGUAAGUCCACUCCUCAGAAGUCGCCCAAAAAGGUGGAGUCCCCUCCGUCGUAUCACAACAUUUCGGACGGCGGGUUGCUAAUCAAACAAGCGUACAUGCUGCAGCAGAGUUCGCACGUACAGCGCGACAUAGUGACUGACCGCGCCGAUCACGUACAGAUGGAGAUGGACCUAGUGGCUCCAUUGCCUAGUUACGAGGAGGCAACACAGGGCCUCACCGAGACGAGAAUGGUGACUGGCGACCCUUUUGUGGAGGUGGCCCCUCCCCCGGUGCCGCCGAGGACCGAGUCACAUGGUGCUAUGGAAGUAGACUCUGCGAUAAUUCCAGACCAGUUACAGGACCACUCGGAUGCCGAGUCAGAUGAGCAUUCGUCCCUGAGCUCUCCGCGGUUCGCCUGUCUCGACGCCAGUGCCGAGAAAGACAGCCUGUAUCUCGACCUCUCUGCGUCGUCGAGCAGAUACGGCCCUCCCCCCAUCCCACCUAAACCCCGUCUGCCACGGGCUAGUCCUCGCAGUCCUCCGGGCAAGCAGCAGGAUGUUGCGCCUCCACUUCCGAUCUCUUCCCCUCCGGUUAUUACUCCUCGAGAUUCAUCACCAUUAUCCCCCAAGAAAGAAACUAAAACCAAGCUAAGUCCUCUGAUAGUGACCAGGCACAGGAAGACGGAGAGUGCUGACAGUUCGGUGUCAUCGUUGUCAGACCACAUCACCUCAAGUGACCUUAGAGCAGUAUCGUCCCCCCCGUCGACCCCCCGCACCAUGUCUCCGGGGAUGUCCCCGCUCGCCUCGCCCAGCCUUAUCCGGGGAUUCGGUGCCAACACAGACAUCAUUCCAGCCUCGUACGAGAAAACAAUCAAAAUCAAGAAGGGCAGUGACCAAUUAGGUGUAUCCCUAGAGGCGGUGGACCGGGGAAUCAAUGGCUGCAUUGUCAAGUCUAUCAUAAAGGGAGGUGCCAUUGACAAAGAUGGCCGUGUGGCCAUCGGGGAUUACAUUGUUCAGAUGAACAACGAAAGUAUGCGCAAAAUCACCAACGCUCAAACCAGGGCAAUCCAGCGGAGGGCGUCACUUCUCAGUAAUGAUGCAAGUAUUACGUACAUAUCAGGUUCCGAUGCAGCUGUUUACCGUGAGACUGUGAGCACUAGGAGCUCAGAACAGAGUCCCUUACACACUCCAGCCAUGCCUUCACCCAGCGCUGUGUUAUCGUCACCUCGUCGGCUAGGGUCAACAACAAGUGAUCACGGUGCUGAACUAACAGGCUCUUCAGUUGACCCUGUCCCGUCACCGACAGCAGCUUCAGAACCACGGCAGAAAUCUCUGGCAUCUGACGGGUCUCCUGCCAUCAGCAACCAGGCCUGGGGACCUCUUCGAACAGUGGUGCUCGAGAGAAAGCCGGGCGAAAGUCUGGGCAUCAGCAUUGUUGGUGGCCGAGUGGACAUGUUUAAUGUGGCCGAGGAACACACGAUCACAGGCAUUUUCAUUAAACACGUUCUGGAGAACAGUCCUGCAGGCAGGAAUGGCACUCUCGAGACCGGAGACAGAAUACUAGAGGUUAAUGGUCAAGAUGUCCGGAAUGCAACUCACGAUGAGGCUGUUGAAGUUAUCCGCAAUGCAAAAUCACCUGUCACCUUUGUCGUCCAAAGUCUGUCAGAUUCAGUUUGUCCUGGCGAUUUGGAGGCUGCUGAUUUGAAACCCGUGCAGUCCAUGGAGGAGAUGUGCUCCACUUCCAUCACUAAGGUCCACGGUGAAGCCAACAAGGCACCGCUCGACCAGCGGCUGAGCUCCGUGGGUGCUGACUCUUCAAAAGGAGAAUCAGUCGGGGACAGUGACUCUGAAGAUGAAUAUGGAUAUUCUGACAAAAUAUUACAUAAGAAAUAUGGUGACCUGAACGGCAAGAUAUUCCUGUUAGAUUUGAAUACUGGCGGGAAUGGGCUUGGUUUGAGUCUGGCGGGGAACAAGGAUCGCAACACGAUGAGUGUCUUUGUCGCGGGUGUUCAGCCAGACGGUGUGGCAGCCAAGGAUGGCAGGAUACAUGUGGGCGAUGAACUCCUAGAAAUUAAUGGACAAGUGCUAUAUGGACGCAGUCAUCUGAAUGCAUCAGCCAUUAUUAAAGGAAUAAAGACCUCACAAGUUAAGAUAGUUCUUUUGAGGCGUGAAGAUUAUCUCCAGCAUAUGGCCAUAAAACCACUAAGGCUAGGACCCCUAUUACACACAGAGGAUUCUAGUACAAUUCCUUCCCAGCAGACAUCACCAACAACAGCACCAGCAGCAACCACUGUGACAUUGCCAGCUAAACCAAAGUCACAGAAAGAGUCGCGUAAAGAGACGCAGAAAGAGCCGGAACCACCAGCCGAGACUGUCCGUACCAUCACCGUCACACUGCAGAAGGGAUCCCAGGGUCUAGGGUUUGGAAUUGCUGAGGAAGAUCAUGACGGUCACCAUGGCAUCUACAUCAAGAGUAUUACGCCAGGUGGAAUCGCCUCACAGGAUGGUAAACUGAAUGUAGGAGAUGAAAUUCUGGAAGUAGGUGACAAGUCUUUCAGAGGUGUACAUUAUGAUAAGGCAAUAGAUGUAUUACGCACAACUACGGGUACAGUGAAGUUAAAAGUACGUCCAUGUGUCUCACCCGGUGGUGUAAUACACCUCGCAAACACUCCAGGUGAGUCAUCGACUGACCCCGCCAACACAUCGGCGGACCCAAAGACAUGCGCCAUCACCCCGGGGCGCGAGACGCUCAUCGAGAUCGAGAAGGGCCGCACCGGACUCGGGCUUAGUAUUGUGGGCGGGUCCGACACUCUCCUAGGAGCUAUUAUUAUUCACGAAGUGUAUGAGGAUGGUGCUGCCGCCCGCGAUGGAAGACUGCUGGCUGGUGACCAGAUACUGGAGGUGAACAGUGAAGACCUCCGAGAAGCAACCCAUGACCACGCGAUCCAGGUUCUGCGCCAGACUCCGUCGAACGUGACAAUCCUCGUGUACCGAGACGACAACCAGGUGCGUGAGGAGGACAUCUACGACAUUUUCUCCGUGGAGCUGAUGAAGAAACCGGGCAAAGGGCUAGGGCUCAGUAUCGUUGGCAAGAAGAACGAUGUCGGGGUCUACAUAUCAGAUAUUGUUAAAGGUGGUGCCGCCGAAGCGGACGGCCGACUUAUGCAAGGCGACCAGAUUCUGGCCGUCAAUGGGGAGGACAUGAGGAACUCCACCCAGGAAUACGCAGCCGGCGUCCUCAAGACACUAAUGGGCAAGGUCACACUGACUGUGGGUCGGUUAAAAGCCGGAUCACGAGCAUCCUCAAGAAGAAACUCGGGUUCUCCUGGCAGUGCGCUGAAAAAAUCUGAUUCCAGUGCCAGCAACCGGUCACGAGGAAAACAUUCUAAAAGUGUCAGUGAGGACUGGACACACCUGAGAACAGUAGACCUGCACCAUGACGAGUCGGGCUCUCUCGGGAUCAGUAUCGCCGGGGGAGUGGGCUUGCCUCUCGGAGACGUACCCAUCAUUAUUGCCAGCCUCAAUCCCACGGGUCCUGCUUCCAGAUCGGGAAAACUCAGAGUUGGAGAUAAAAUUCUGAUGAUCAACAACAUGUCCACUGAUGGUAUGAGUCAUGAUGAUGCAGUCGCCAAGAUGAAGUCAUCUUCUCCGUUGUCCCUGCAAGUCAUUCAAGGUGAAGAGCUCGCAGUCAGUGUUAAUGGAAGUCGCUCACGGCACGAGAGUGCGGACAUGUCUAACGAAAAAACAGCUCAAGACCUUGCCUUAACUGCAGCAGAGGAUGAUGGUCAGCUUCCCAAAUGCACCAUCCUGACGCUGGAGCGUGGACCAGACGGUCUGGGUUUCUCCAUCGUGGGCGGCCACGCCAGCCCACACGGUGAUCUGCCGAUCUACGUGAAGAACGUCUUCUUGAAGGGCGCGGCCGCGGAGGACGGCCGACUGAAGCGCGGAGAUCAGAUCGUGGCCGUGAACGGCCAGAGUUUGAAUGGUGUCACCCACGAGGAGGCCGUCAACAUACUGAAACAGGCACGCGGGAAGGUCGUCCUCAGUGUCAUUUCCUGAUAUCAGCACAGUCAGUGCUACCCAGUGACACUGGCUCAGUUGGUGGUACUCAAUGAUACUUACCCAGUUACCCAGUUGGCGGUGCCUGCUCAAAUUGUGUUUCUAAAUCAAGUUUUGCACAGUUAGUGCUACCAAGUGGUACUGGCUCAGUUAGUGAUACUCAGUGGUACUGUCUCAGUUGGUGGUACUCGGUGGUACUGGCUCAGUUGGUGGUACACAAUGAUACUUGCCCAGCUGACGGUAACUGCUCAAAUUGUGUUUCUAAAUCAAGUUUGGCACAGUUGGUGCUACCAAGUGAUACUGGCUCAGUGAUCUUGCUCAGAUGGUGUGGUUGAAUCAUGUUAGCUGACUUGGUGUUGCCGUGUCAUACUUGCUCAUUUGGUGGUACCAAGUCAUACCUGCUCAAACUGUGUUUCUAAAUCAAGUUUGCUGAAUGUUGCUUGCUGAGUUGAUAUUGCUGGUCAAGAUACUUGUGGAGUAAAGAGUUGCUAUCAUACUUGCCGAGUUGGUGUCACUUGAGUCAUAUCUGCUUAGUAUUUCUGAGUCAUACUUGGUAUUUCUCAGUUAUACUUAUUUGUUAUUAUUGAGUCAUACUGGGUAUUUUUGAUACAUACUUAUUCAGUAUUGCUGAGGUAGAUUGGGUAUGGUAUUGCUGAGUUGCACUUGGUAUUGCUGAGUUACAGUUGGUAUUGCUGAGUUGCACUUGGUAUUGCUGAGUUGUACUUACUGAGUUCGUGUUGCUGAUCAUCACUUGUUAUUUUUCAUUAGAGUAUGUCAUGAUUGUGUGUUUGGAUUGGGACUCAGAUGGGAGGGAGGGGAGCCGGGACACGUUCAUUUUGAAGGCUUAUGAUGGGGGGAUUUUCAUAAUAGUUUUCUUCUCUUUUUUUUUAUAUGGGGGGAGGGGUAAUUGGUGGUUUUCUUUAUUAAUGUUUGCCUCAAAAACCACACAGGGUGAACAAAAUUCACUAUAAAUCAUGUUUGGAAUUUUUUAUUGAGCAUUGAACAUAUUUAGAUAUUUAUUUAACAAUUACACAAGAAUUGUUAAUUCAUUUGUUACACUAACAAAGCUUUAUAGUAUUUUUCUCAUAAAUGCACGUCAAAAUACACAUAUAUAUAUUUAAACGACUAAACUCAUGUCCAUUUCAGUGUUUUAGAAACUGCUGGGAAUAUUUAUAGAAAGUCUUCUUUUACUGCUCUUUAAUCAUUUUGCAUAAUGCAGUCCCCUCGACUUAUGUAUCUUUUUCAUGUAUCCUCAACUAACUUACAUAACAAUAAAUCAACAGAAUAUGCAUUUUUAAAGCAAAUAAUAAUAUUUUUUAAACAAUGAUACAUGUAUAAGUACUAUAACUAAUUUUUUCUUGUCCCAGAAAAGCAGUAAAUGCUACUUCAGGUUUUAAUUUAUCAACAAAAAAAAUUUUAAGAAGAAAAUUCAAGAUUUAGCUAUAAGUACAGUAACAUAUAAUGAGUUGUGCCAUUUUGUUAAGGAGUAAAUAUAAUUAUUCUUUAAAGAAUUUCCAUUGUUGAAUGGAAUCAAAAUAAUAUAGAAAUCGAAAGAGAAGACAUGCAGUUUUACGGUUAUAUUCUUAUUACUAAUAGAUCAUAUCAGUUAGAGGGGAAAAUACAAUGUAUGAUAAGCUUUUUAUCAUCUUCAUUUUGAUUGGUUAUCAGAAGAAUCAUAUCCUUAUUUGGUUGUAAUAGAAUGCUGAUGCUGCAUCAUGUGGUAUACUUAUGGUUGUGACUUCAUUCACUUUGUUUGAAUUGUACAGAGUUAAUGUUCCAGUACCUUCGCCAGGAUUCUGGUCCAGGAUUCCGUUUUUGUUAUUUUUAUACUGUACAGCAGUUGAACUGUUAAAAUAUGCAACUGUGAUAGCAGGGUCAAGUGGUGGCUUGUGUGCCAUUUGUAGCUGCUUAAUAUUUAAUGUUGCGGAGAAGUAUCAUGAAAUUAUUAAAUUAUACGUAUGUGUGCAUGCAUGUACAUGCACAUUGUACACACAUAGGGAAGUGUUUGAUGUUCAGAGACAGUAUUCAAAUUGUAUAAGUUCUCAAGAACUU